GAGCACAGAGGCUGCAGAGUAGGGAGCCGUGAGUGACUGGCUGACUGGAGACACUGCUAUCUUCUCCUGUGUACAUCCUUCUGUCACCUAAACCCAGUCCUUGUUAUCUAGUCUAGCCUGAUACCAGCUCUGUACUAUUAAGGACCUAAGGCGAUCCUGUGUAAUAUAGGUGUACGCCUCCUUGCAUUGGAUAUAAUAUUUGCAUGCUGUGUAUUUGCAGCUCUUCACUGUCUUAGUAGAUAAUACCUGGUCGCUGCCUGCAAUGAAAGCUGUGAGCCCUGUGCGUCCCCACAGUCGGAGAACCCCAUUGACGGAGGGGGUGUGUGGGGAGCUGGCACUGCACUGCCUCUCUGAACACAGCCUUGGUGUAGCUCAUUACAAGAUGGAAGAAGAGGAGUCCUUGUGUCUGCAAUAUGACAUGAAUGACUGUUACAGUCGCCUCAAGAGGCUGGUACCCAGCAUCCCCCAGAACAAGAAAGUGAGCAAAGUGGAGAUCCUUCAGCAUGUUAUAGACUACAUUCUGGACCUGCAGCUGGCACUGGACACACACCCUGCACUGCUUAGGCAGCAGGCACCUGCCAGGACCCCUCUGACAGACCUCAAUAAAGACCCGGCUGCAUCAGUGAUGAACAAGGAAGGGGACAGUAUACUGUGUCGCUAGUGUGCCUAGAAGGUGUGCAGCAGGCAAAUCCAGAGCCAGGAGGAGCACAGAGAAAGAGAGAGACAAAUUAGAGAAUAAGGGAGGGGAAUGAAAAACAGUCACCAGACAAAAGAGGGGAAAAAACAUCCUUCACUUCGCUUUUCCACACUACACGGAGAAUCUAAUCCUUCACCAUGCGUCCACCUUGUAUCAUCAGACAUGCACUGUGGAAGUCCCUGACCUGAUGGCAUAGGGGGCUUCGCCUAGAGAGAAUUACACUAUCAAAUGAAGAACUGAAUAUGAAGCUUUACUAAUAUACCAGAGUAUUGUAGAUAUUUUGUCUUUACAUCUAUUGUUUAAAAUAGAUGAUUUUAUCUCUCCGGGGAAUUUUCUUCUCCCUGCAGGAAUGUUACAUAUUGUAUAGAAGAGAACAUGAGUGACAUUUCAUACUGUAUAUAUAGAGAUGUUCUAUAAGUGGAAGUGAUACAAAAGUAUAUGCUUUAAUAGACUACUGUAAUUAUGAAGUAUUUUUAAUUAAAUAUUUUGUGUAAAUAUGAAUGUGUCUUUUUUCGUUUCGUCCCAGGGGAAUUGGAUUUUUUUUUCUGUUGCGAGACAAAAAAAAAUAAAAUAAUAAUAUUAACUGAAGAGACAUGAAAAGAUGAACUUGUAACUUCCCACCAACUUGAAUGGGACGAUAAAUGACUUGCUUGAUGGCAUGGAAUGUGUUCCUUGCUUCAAUCCUGAAUGCAGUAACCCAAUAUUGUAUUCAUUCCCUAUUUGGCCCAACAUGGAGUGUAUAGGGAAUUCUUAGAUCACCUUUGCACUCAGUUACAGUCAAUGAUUUUAAAGGGUGGGAGAAAUGUUGAAAGCUCGUAUUUUCAUGUCUUUCUGAAAUGUGCUGUUCACUGCAUAUAGCUUGUUUAAAGUGAUUUUUUUCUUCUUCUAAUUAAUAUAUUGUCAGUGUUACAAAAGGACUCCAAUGAUUACUGAAAUGUGUUAUCUGGUUAGUAAACACUGGGUUGUCUCAUUUUCUAAGCCCCUUGAUCUCCACUUUCCAAGAUAUAAUGGAUUAUGUGCAACACGCUGUCAUUAUAUACAUGUCAAAAAAUUAGUAUUACAUCAUAUUUGGGUCCCUGCAAUUAAACCGACACCAUAAAUAGUACUCUUUUAUGGGAAGUCGCAUUAGAUUAAAAUGACUAUAUAUGUACACGUUCCAAUGUGUGGAAUUUGGCAUUGACAUUGGUACACACGGUGUAAAUUGACUAAAAUCGGACUCCUUGCUACACAUAAUCCCAUUAGUCUCUAAGGCAGAUUCUACUUCCUCGUUCAUUCCUUGGUUUGCAUGUAUUCAAUUAUCUUAUGAAUAUGGCCAAUUAUGGUCAUUUAGUCCCACUCGGCUCCAUUUUCACAGAAGCAGGCUCUGUUUUUAAUUCAGUGUUGGGGUUAAAUCCUAAUUUCAGAUUCGUAUUCCACAUACAUAUUGGUGCUAUUCUAUUUCCUACUGAGGGGUUUUAAAAAGGCUAAAGGCAUUUAUUUCCCUUCCUUUGUGUCCUUUUCUCAGUGGACCCAUGUGCUAGGUAAGCAGACAGUUGAUUGCUUGCAACCAAAGGAAACCUUACUGUAUUCUAUAUCACUGUAUCUAUACUGAUUUCAGCUGAUGGAGGGAGACAAGCAGCGACCUUUAAUACCAGUAAUGUGCUUAGUUUUCCUGCAGUUUCUACUGUAAUCUCAUAUGUAUUUUUACACAUGAGUAUUAAAACUACAUUUUUUACAUGUC